AGUGAGACUGGUGAUGGACUCCUCAUCCCCACGAACCAGAGACGAAGCCAGACUCCGUCGGGAAUGAUGCUUUCGUUCUCACCCAUAGAUGCGCUCGUUGUCACAUCCCAGGAUCUGCCACGCCAUUCACACAAGUCUAAUUACUUUUGGGACCAUGCUAGUUCUUGUCAUUCAGUGGGGAGUGCGCACGGCCGCGGACUGCCCGGUUCAGCGCUCUUCGCCCGUCUGUAUCAUCCUAGUUUUAACAGCCCCAGUUUGAACAGUCCAAGCAACCGGCUUACAGCUCGAUUUCCCAGUCCUGCGAGCUCAAGCUGCCAACCUUCACCUUCAGCA